GUUGUCUUGGCCACGUCCCCAAGCCACGUCGCGCUUUGCUCGCCAUUUUCCCAUCUUCUGAAGCCAUAAUCAGUCUAUUCUACUGUCACAGUGUCAUUCAACGCUGUCAGGUCAUACACUAAUCGUUACCGGAGACGAACUGAGCUUUUUAUAGAGGUUUGAAUCGGUUUACCUCUGCUGUAGCUUCCAUAAACAUGAACAUUUUCAGGCUAACCGGCGAUCUCUCCCACCUAGCAGCCAUCAUCAUCCUGCUCCUAAAAAUAUGGAAAACCAGGUCUUGUGCCGGUAUUUCUGGGAAGAGUCAAAUCCUGUUUGCCUUUGUGUUCACCACCCGCUACCUGGACCUGCUCACUGCCUUCAUCUCUUUCUACAACACCACCAUGAAGGUCAUCUACAUUGGGUGUGCGUACGCCACCGUGUACAUGAUUUACAUGAAGUUCAAGGCGACUUAUGAUGGGAACCACGACACAUUCAGAGUGGAGUUCCUGGUUGUCCCUGUUGGUGGCCUGGCUUUCCUGGUGAACCAUGACUUCUCUCCCCUGGAGAUUCUGUGGACGUUCUCCAUCUACUUGGAGUCGGUGGCCAUCCUGCCACAGCUUUUCAUGAUCAGCAAGACAGGAGAGGCCGAGACCAUCACCACCCACUACCUGUUCUUCCUGGGACUCUACAGAGCCCUCUACCUCAUCAACUGGAUAUGGAGGUUCUACUUUGAGGGAUUCUUUGACAUGAUCGCCAUCGUUGCUGGGGUGGUGCAGACCAUCCUCUACUGCGACUUCUUCUAUUUGUAUGUAACAAAAGUGCUGAAAGGAAAGAAGCUGAGUCUGCCAGCUUAAGUGCCAAAGAGGAGUGUUUUGGCAGACUCGCAGAGGGGGAUUGGAGGGGAGGAAGAGUGGUAGUGGACACCUCUGAUGACCCCCACCCCACCAUCCACCACCGCUUCCUCCUCUUCCCCUCCCGCCAGUGUAAGAUGCCUGAGACAGAGAGCGAAUGGGAGUUGCUGCACCUUCUUCUGAUCCAGAAUCAGUGGAAUCAGAACUCCUGCAGAGGCUGGUCCAUGGCCUUCGGAUUUCUGUUUGACGCAUCUUGCCUUAACUUUUUUAUUACUCUGUAUAAAGGAAGAAGAAAAACCGUGAGAAAAGUUUUCUACAGAAAAAUGUGUACUCUGAAGAUUUGACACAUUGCUGAAGAUGUAAAAUUGCCUAUAAUUUGGCAUUGUAUGAUAUUGAAGCGGACUUCUUGUGGUGGGAUAUUAUUGACUCAAGCGUUUGUAAUAGUAUUUGCAAUCAAAUAAAUGUGCUUUGUUUUUCCUGAAUCAAUUUGGGGACCACCAACCUCAUAAGGUUGGUGGUCAAAUUACUCAUGUUUAGCUCUUCUAAUUUUUGAUCACUAUUCCCAUGUAUAAAGACUAUCUAUUUUAGUUUCCCGCAACCUUGGUAGGAAAUAAACUCAUUGCAGAUGCCAUACUUUUUCUCUUCAAGAAAAUGAAUUUUUGUUCAAAUGCCUUCAAAAUUGACUAAAAUGAAUUGCUUUUGUGUGAAACAAAGUAAAUGGUUUAAAAGACUGCAAUGAACCCACAUCACUGUAAAUGGCUUUGUUCAUUUGGAUACCCUUUCAUUACCCAAUAAGAACCGUAUAUAUCGCCUGUAUAAAUCAUUACCCUUCCAUUCCUUUCAGAUGGCUCUGUAAAUGUUUGAGUGGAGUGAACUCACUGGUAAUAUGCUGUAGGGGAAUUAUCACAACAGAAAUGACAGACUUAAUUUUUCUUUUAGGUGCAGAUGUAUUUAUGUUUUUAUCUCUUUUUCUGGUUUCCAAUUAACAGGAUCCGUAAUUGUGCAUCAUUUUGACAGAAGAAUUCAGUCUCCCUGUCGGAGAUGAGCACAAUCCUACAUGAUCGAUGUUCCACUGAAUCCUAAAUAGUUCGCAAUGCAUAUCUGCUUCUAUUUUAUUUUUCAUGCAUCAUUCCAAGUUUCCUUUUAAUUUCUUACCAGAGCUUUUGCAUGAUGGUGCCACCACAAAUAAAGACUUUAUGGAAAACA